AUGGUCGGAUUUUCGCCUUGUGUCAAGGAGAACCUCUACACAUCCCCACGCCCUGAUGACGAUCCCAAAGCGGCUGUGAAUUCCAUCAAUGCCCCACAAGCAGAUGCAGCAUGUGUGCCUUCUCGUGCGAUUCACCCUCAACCAUGGUGCGGACAGCAUCAGACGAGCAGUGAUGUUUCUUCUCGAAAUGUCUACAAUUACAGUAAUCAAGAGGAUAAAGAGAAAACACCAAUGUGCCGCAUAGCGGAGCUUGCUCGCUUUCACAAGUAUGUAGAUGAUUUAAUUUGCGUUGAAGCACCGAAAUACAAACUGAUGGAUGAGAGUGGACCAGCCCACAAAAAAAUGUUUACAGUACAACUGUUUCUAACUGCAGAUGAGGUAUUCGAAGGUAGUGGUGCUUCAAUAAAGAAAGCUCAGCAAGCGGCUGCUGCAGCUGCACUAGCAGGUACAUCACUAGCUAUGCCGCCUGAAAAGAAGCGGAAGAAAGAUACAAGCUCGCCGCCGGUUCUUUUGUCUCAUGUAGCUCGUCGCCUUGGUCUCCCCGAACCAAUCUAUCGGUCUCAUUCACAAGCGAAAAUGCCACUCUCGCCGAUAACGCCCCGUUUUGCUGCACUUAGUCCUUCAUUAGCCUGUAAUGGAACGCAGAAUAGUUUUGAUCGUGGUGGAUGCUUCCCGCAAGAUCCCUAUGCUCCUGCACAUCAUAUGACUUCAAGAGUUCCGAGAGGUUCGUUUUCUAUUGUGAGAACCCAUUCUAACUAG